AUGACCUAUGCUCAAUUGGUCAUGAUACACUACUACAAGAAUAAACAAGACAGCAAGUCUCAGUGGACAGCAAUUGAUGACCGAUUACGCAUCCUCCAAGCUUCUUCGAAAGAAUUUCAACAGGUCUGCAGCCACGCACAGCUUGUGAUGGACAAAGACGACCAGCUUUUUCCGAACAAGAGGCACAUCACCCAAAUUAACAAGGAUGAGUUUACUGUUCCCACUCUUGAUGACGUGCAAGCCACAAUGGCUGCUGGGAAUGUGGCAAACCAUUCCGCUUAG